CCGAUUACCGCCCUUUGGAUAUUCCCUCUUCUUUAGAGGGAGGACAAAAAAUGAACCCAAAACAGAAAGUAGCUGCAGGUUUUAUUAUUUUUAGGCGAAUUGAAAAAGAAAUACAGUAUUUAUUGCUUCAGACAUCGUAUGGCGAACAUCACUGGACACCACCUAAAGGUCACGUAGACCCUGGGGAAUCAGAGUUACAAACUGCAUUAAGAGAAACAGAGGAAGAGGCAGGAUUAAAAAAAGGAGAUUUCCAUAUGUAUGAAAAUUUCCAAAGGACAUUGAACUAUGAAGUGAGGGGGAAUCCCAAGAGAGUAGUGUACUGGCUCUCAGAACUGAAGAACCCAAACAUACCUAUCAGGUUAUCUGAUGAACACAUUGACUACAAGUGGCUGAACCUUCCUUCUGCGUUAAAAUAUGUGGAAAAAUUCAAAGACUUUCAACAAGUUUUGAAUGAGGCAGAUAGUUAUAUAAAAUCUAAUUCGUGAUCAAUUUUACAAGCUUUGUGGAUUUAUAUUAUAAUUAAAAUUUUAACAAAGUC